CGCUCGCCUCGUCUCGCACUCGGCCCCUCAGGCUCCUCGGCUCCCGCUGCCGCCCCGUUGCGCCCAGCCCGCCGCGAUGCGCCCCGGCCCGCGGCCCCCGCCUCCGGCCCGCGCCCUGGCCCUGAUCCUGGCUUUGACUUGGGGCCUGUGGGUCAGACCCUCAGCUGCAGCCUCCUUCUUUGGCGAGAAUCACCUGGAGGUGCCUGUGGCCACAGCUCUGACCCACAUCGACCUGCAGCUGCGCUUCUCCACGGCCCAGCCCGAGGCUCUGCUUGUGCUGGCGGCUGGCCAGGCUGACCACCUCCUGCUGCAACUGCAUGCCAGCCGCCUGCAGGUCAGACUCGUCCUAGGCCGGGAGGAGCUGAGGCUGCAGACCCCAGCUGAGCCACUGCUGAGCGACUCCAUGCCCCAUGCAGCGGUGCUAGUCGUUUCUGGCCAGUGGGCCACACUGUCCGUUGAUGGCCUUCUGAACACCUCAGCCCCAGUGCCCGGAGCCCCCCUGGAGGUCCCCUAUGGGCUGUUCGUGGGGGGCACCGGCAGCCUGAACUUGCCUUAUCUGCUGGGAGCCAGCCGGCCCCUGCGUGGCUGCCUGCACGAGGCCACCCUCAAUGGCCGCAGCCUCCUGCGGCCGCUGACCCCAGAUGUGACCGAGGGAUGCGCCGAGGAGUUCUCUGCAGGUGACGAUGUGGCGUUGGGCUUCUCAGGGCUCCACUCACUGGCAGCCUUCCCCGCCUUGAGCACGCGGGAGGUAGGCAGCCUGGAGUUUACACUGAUGACACGCAGCCGCAAGGCACCCCUGGCCUUCCAGGCAGGGGGCCAGCCCGGCGAGUUCAUGUACGUGGACAUCUUUGAGGGCCACCUGCGUGCUGUGGUGGAGAGGAGCCAGGGCACCGUGCUGCUGCACAACAGUGUGCCUGUGGCUGACGGGCAGCCCCAUGAGGUGGCUGUGCGCCUGGAUGCCCAGCGGCUCGAGAUCUCUGUGGACCAGUACCCCACACGCACCUCCAACCGUGGGGCACACGGCUACCUGGAGCCCCGUGGGCACCUUCUCCUUGGAGGGCUGGACGCCGAGGCCUCCCGGCUUCUGCAGGAGCACCGCUUAGGCUUGGCUCCCGGCACGGCCAACACCUCCCUGCUGGGCUGCCUGGAAGACCUCAGCCUCAACGGCCAGCGGCAUGGGCUGCGAGAGGCCCUGCUCACCCGUGGCAUGGCAGCCGGCUGCAGACUGGAUGAGGAGGAGUACGAAGAGGAUGCCUACGGCCCCUACGAGGAGGCCCUGUCCACCUUGGCCCCUGAGGCCUGGCCGUCUGUGGAGCUGCCGGAGCCGUGUACACCAGAGCCGGGGCUGCCCGCUGUGUUCAGCAACUUCACCCAGCUGCUGACCGUGAGCCCGCUGGUGGUGGCCGAGGGGGGCACAGCGUGGCUCGAGUGGCGCCACCUGCAGCCCACACUGGACCUGACCGAGGCUGACCUGCGCAAGUCGCAGGUGCUGUUCAGUGUGAGCCGAGGCCCACGGCACGGCGAGCUGGAGCUGGACAUCCCUGGUGCGCAGGCGCGGAAGAUGUUCACGCUCCUGGACGUGGUGAACCGCAAGGUCCGCUACUUGCACAACGGCGCCGAGGAGCCGGCGGACCAGCUGGUGCUGGAGGCGUCCGUGACGGCAGCGCGGGCGCCCGUGCCCUCCUGUCUGCGCAGGGGCCAGACCUACCUGCUGCCGGUACAGGUGCACCCCGUCAACGACCCGCCCCGUGUCAUCUUCCCGCACGGCAACCUCAUGGUGCUCCUGGAGCACACUCAGAAGCCACUAGGGCCCGACAUCUUCCAGGCCUACGACCCGGACUCGACCUGUGACGCCCUCACCUUCCAGCUCCUGGGUGCCUCUGCCGGUCUGCCCGUGGAGCGCCGGGACGAGCCAGGCCAGCCGACCCUGGAGUUCUCCUGCCGCGAGCUGGAGGCGGGCGGCGUGGUCUACGUGCACCGCGGUGGCCCCGCGCGGGACCUUACAUUGCGGGUCAGCGACGGGCUGCAGGCCAGUGCGCCGGCCACGCUGAAGGUGGUGGCCGUGCGGCCAGCCAUCCGCGUGCGCCACCGCACCGGGCUGCACGUGGCGCAGGGUUCAGCCGCGCCCAUCCUGCCUGCCAACCUGUCGGUGGAGACCAACGCGGUGGGGCAGGACGUGAGUGUGCUGUUCCGCGUCACGGCUGCCUUACGGCUUGGGGAGGUACAGAAGCAGGGCGCGGGUGGCGUGGAGGGCUCCGAGUGGUGGGCCACGCAGGCAUUCCACCAGCGCGACGUGGAACAGGGCCGUGUGCGCUACCUGAGCACCGACCCGCAGCGGCACGGCACGGACACGGUCGAAGACCUGGCCCUGGAGGUGCAGGUGGGUCAGGAGACACUCAGCAACCUGUCCUUCCCCGUGACCGUGCAGCGCGCCAGGGUCUGGAUGCGGCGGCUGGAGCCACUGCACACGCACAACAUGCGGCAGGAGGCCCUCACUGAGGCACACUUGGAAGCCGCCCUGGAGGAGGGGGACCCGAGCCCGGCCACCUUCCACUACGAGGUAGUCCAGGCUCCCAAGAAAGGAAACCUUGAGCUGCGGGGCACGCGGUUGUCAGAUGGGCAGGGCUUCACCCAGGACGACGUGCAGGCGGGCCGCGUGACCUACACCGCCACGGCACGUGUCUCAGAAGCUGUGGAGGACUCCUUCCGCUUCCGCGUCACGGCUGCGCCCCACUUCUCUCCGCUCUACACCUUCCGCAUCCACAUUGGCGGGGACCCGGAUGCGCCGGUGCUCACCAACAGCCUGCUGUCCGUGCCCGAGGGCGGGGAGGCCGUGCUGUCAGCCACGCACCUGUUCGUCAAGAGCCUCAACAGCGCCAGCUACUUCUACGAGGUCAUGGAGCCACCGCGCCACGGCAGGCUGGCGUGGCGCGGGACCUCAGACACCCCUACCUCCGUGAUGUCCUUCACCAACGAGGACCUGCUGCGCGGCCGCCUGGUCUACCAGCAUGACGGCUCAGAGAGCACCGAGGACGACGUGCCGUUCGUGGCCACCCGGCAGGGCGAGGGCAGCAGCGACAUGGCGUGGGAGGAGGUGCGUGGCGUCCUGCGCGUGGCUGUGCAGCCUGUGAAUGACCACGCGCCUGUGCAGACGGUGAGCCGGGUCUUCCACGUGGCCCGCGGCGGGCAGCGGCUGCUGACCACGGAUGAUGUGGCCUUCAGCGAUGCCGACUCAGGCUUCACGGACGCGCAGCUGGUGCUGACACGCAAGGACCUGCUGUUUGGCAACAUCGUGGCGGUGGAGGAGCCCGCGCAGCCCAUCUACCGCUUCACCCAGGAGGACCUGCACAAGAGGCGCGUCCUGUUCGUGCACUCGGGCGCUGACCACGGCUGGCUGCAGCUGCAGGUGUCGGAUGGGCAGCACCAGACCACGGCCGUGCUGGAGGUCCAGGCCUCGGAGCCCUACCUGCGUGUGACCAACGGCUCAGGCCUCGUAGUGCCUCAGGGCGGCCAGGGCACCAUCGACACCGCUGUGCUCCCCCUGGACACCAACCUAGACAUCCGCAGCGGGGAGGAGGUCCGCUACCUGGUCACGGGCGGCCCACGCUGGGGGCAGCUGCUGCGGGCGGGUCAGCCUGCGGGGGUCUUUUCCCAGCAGGACCUGCUGGCCGGGGCCGUGGUCUACAGCCAUAACGGCAGCAGCCUCAGCUCCCGCGACAGCCUGGCGCUCUCGGUGGAGUCAGGCGCGGUGCGGGCGGACGCCACCCUGCAAGUGACCAUCGUCCUGGAGAGGCCGCCGCCCCCUCUGCAGCUGCUGCGGCACCUCAAGAUCUACGUCUUCCAGGGGGAGACCACCCCGAUCCCCCGCGAGCGUCUGGCGGCAGCCCAGGAGACAGUGGCACCAGCAGACAUCCUGUUCACCGUGCAGAGUCCCCCACAGGCGGGCUACCUGGUAGAAGCGGCGGGUGACGGUGCAGCAGCCAGGCUGCCCAGCCCAGAGCCCGUGCGCAGCUUCUCCCAGGACACAGUGGAUGCUGGCCGCAUCCUGUACAUGCACUCCCGCCCCGACGUCUGGAGCGACGCCUUCUCCCUGGACGUAACCUCAGGCCUCGGCACCCCGCUUGAGGGCAUCCGUGUGGAGCUGGAGGUGCUGCCAACGGCCAUCCCACUGGCUGCGGAAAACUUCAGCGUCCCCGAGGGUGGCACCCGCACCCUGGCCCCUCCGCUGCUCCGCGUCUCGGGACCCUACUUCCCCUUGGUGCCCAGCCUCCACCUGCAGGUGCUGGAGCCGCCGCAACACGGGAUGCUGCAGCGGGAGGGGCAGCCUCUGAAGGGGCCCCUGGCCACCUUUUCUUGGAGAGAGGUGGAGGAGCAGCGGAUCCGCUACCUGCAUGACGGCAGCGAGACGCUGGCUGACAGCUUCGUCCUAGUAGCUAACGCCUCGGAGCUGGGCCGGCAGAGCCAACCUGUGACCUUGGCCAUCAACAUUCUGCCAGUUAAUGACCAGCCUCCCAUCCUUGCCACCAACACAGGCCUGCAGAUGUGGGAGGGGGCCACUGUGCCCAUCCCUGCGGAGGCCCUCCGGGGCACGGACGGCGACUCAGCGCCCCAGGACCUGGUCUACGCCAUUGAGCAGCCCAGCAAUGGGCGGGUGGUGCUGCGGACAGCCCCAGCCAUGGAGGUUCGAAGCUUCUCACAGGCGCAGCUGGACGCCGGGCUGGUGUUGUUCUCACACACAGGAGCCCUGGACGGCGGCUUCCACUUUUCCCUGUCGGACGGCCAGCACAUCUCCUCCAGACACUUUUUCCGAGUGAUGGCGCGGAAACAGGUGCUCCUCUCAUUGGACGGCAGCCGCACAAUGACUGUGUGCCCAGGCUCAGUCCAGGCACUCAGCAGCCAGAGCCUCCGGGCUAGCUCCAGCGCUGGCACCGACCCCCACGCACUGCUCUUCCAGGUGCUGGCGGGCCCCAGGCUCGGCCAGCUGCUCCACUCACGGCGGGACAGCAUCCAGGAGGCCCUGGGGAACUUCACACAGGCUGAGGUGUAUGCCGGCAAGGUGCUGUAUGAACAUGAGAUGCCCCUGGAGCCCUUCUGGGAGGCCCACGACACGCUGGAGCUCCGGCUGUCCUCACCGCCUGCCCCUGAUGUGGCCACCACCCUCACGGUGACUGUGUCAUUUGAGGCCGCCUGUCCUCAGCGUGCCAGUCGCCUCUGGAAGAACGAAGGGCUCUGGGUUCCCGAGGGCCAGCAGGCCAGGAUCACGGUGGCCUCCCUAGACGCGUCCAACUUCCUAGCCAGCGUUCCAUCGCCCCAGCGUCCCCAGCACGACGUGCUUUUCCAGGUCACGCAGUUCCCCACCCGGGGCCAGCUCCUGGUGGCUGAGGAGCCCCUCCAUGCUGGGCGGCCCCACUUCUUGCAGUCCGACUUGGCCUCGGGGCAGCUAGUGUAUGCCCACGGAGGUGGGGGCACGCGGCAGGACAGUUUCCGCUUCCGCGCACACCUGCAGGGGCCUACGGGGUCAGCCGUGGCCGGACCGCACACCUCGGAGGCCUUCCCCAUCACCGUGCGCGACGUCAAUGAGCGGCCGCCCCAGCCGCAGGCCUCCCUGCCGCUGCGCCUCCCGCGUGGUUCCCGCGCCCCCAUCUCCCGGGCCCAGCUGAGUGUGGUGGACCCGGACUCAGCACCGGGUGAGGUGGAGUACUUCGUGCAGCGAGCACCACGCAAUGGUUUCUUGAGCCUGGUGGGGGCAGACCCGGGGCUGGUGACCCACUUCACGCAGGCGGAUGUGGACGCUGGGCGGCUGGUCUUCAUCGCCAACGGGAGCAGUGUGGCCGGGGUGUUCCAGCUGAGCGUGUCUGACGGGGCCAGCCCGCCCUUGCCUGUGUCCCUGGCCGUGGAGGUGUUGCCCUCCACCAUCGAGGUGCGCGGGCAGGCACCCCUGGAGGUGCCCCAGGCCCUGGGUAGGGCCGCCCUCAGCCCACAGCAGUUACGCGUUGUAUCUGACCGCGAGGAGCCAGACGCCACCUACUCCCUCACCCAGGGGCCACAGCAUGGGCACCUACUGGUGAGCGGCCAACCAGCCUUGGCCUUCAGCCAGCGCCAGGUGGACCAGGGGGAUGUGGUCUUUGCGUUCACCAACUUUUCCUCUUCCUAUGACCACUUCGGGGUCCUGGCCCAGGCCAGGGGCGUGAAUGCAUCCGCCAUAGUGAAUGUGACCGUGAAGGCACUGCUGCGCAUGGGGGCAGCAGGGCCAUGGCCACAGGGGGCUACCGUGCGGCUGGAUCCCAGUGUGCUAGAUGCCAGCGAGCUGGCCAAACGCACAGGCAGCGUGCCCCGCUUCCGGCUCCUGACGGGGCCUCAGCUCGGGCGCGUUGUGCGUGUGCCACAGGCCAGGUCAGAGUCCCAGGGCAAUGAGCUAGUGGAGCAGUUCACGCAACAGGACCUUCAAGACGGGCGGCUGGGGCUGGAGAUUGGCAAGUCCCCCGGCCCCAUGGACGACAGCCUCACACUGGAGCUGUGGGCCCAGGGCGUGCCACCUGCCGUCGCCUCGCUGGCCUUCGCCACUGAGCCUUAUGACUCAGCCCGGCCGUAUGGCGUGGCUCUGCUUCGGCUCCCUGAGGCUGCCCAAACAGAUGCAGGGGAGCUGGGCGGCAGCACCCCCACGGGCAAGCCAGGUCCCACAGCAUCCAGCCCGGCACCCGCGGUGGCCCGUGGUGGCUUCCUAGAUUUUGUGGAGAACAACAUGUUCAGCGUCAUCAUCCCGCUGUGUCUGAUCCUGCUGCUGCUGGCGCUCCUCCUGCCGCUGCUGUUCUACCUCCGCAAACGCAACAAGACCGGCAAGCACCACGUCCAGAUCCUUGCCGCUAAGCCCCGCAACGGCCUGGCCGGCGACACCGAAACGUUCCGCAAGGUGGAGCCAGGCCAGGCCAUCCCACUCACGGCCGUGCCUGGACAGGGGCCCCCACCAGGGGGCCAGCCAGACCCGGAGCUGCUACAAUUCUGCCGGACACCCAACCCUGCCCUCAAGAAUGGCCAGUACUGGGUGUGAGGCUUGACUGGGCGCUGAUACUGACCAGGCCGGGAACGGGCAGCUCCAGGCCCCAGCACUCCCAUGCCCUGGCACAGUCUGAGCACCCCCAGACUGGGAGAGAUUACAGACACUGUGCAUGGAGGGUGCUGCGGGGGUUCCCCAGGAGUGCUGGGUGUAACCAAGACCAGCACUGCAGUCUCCCUGGCUUCACACCAAACCUGGGGA